AUGGGGAAGGUGGCAGUGGGAGCGGCGGUGGUGGGAGCGGCGGCGGUGUGUGCCGGGGCGGCGUUGUUGGUGCGUCACAGGAUGAAGAAUUCGGGGAAGUGGGCCCGGGCGCUGGCUAUCCUCAAAGAGUUCGAGGAAAAGUGUGGGUCCCCAAUUUCGAAACUGAAACAGGUGGCGGAUGCUAUGACCGUUGAGAUGCAUGCGGGGCUCGCAUCAGAAGGUGGCAGUAAGCUCAAGAUGAUCAUCAGCUAUGUGGAUAAUCUCCCCACUGGUGAUGAGAAAGGGCUGUUUUAUGCCCUGGACCUUGGUGGCACAAAUUUCCGUGUCCUACGUGUACAGUUGGGUGGUAAAGAAAGCCGUGUUGUUAAGCAGGAAUUUGAGGAAGUUUCAAUUCCUCCACAUUUGAUGACUGGAUCUUCAGAUGCAUUAUUUGAUUACAUUGCUGCAGCUCUUGCAAAAUUUGUUGCUACAGAAAGUGAAGGUUUACAUGUUUCACCUGGUAGACAAAGGGAGCUGGGGUUUACUUUCUCAUUUCCUGUUAGGCAAACAUCGAUAUCAUCAGGGGCUCUUAUAAAAUGGACAAAGGGUUUCUCAAUAGAUGACACAGUUGGUCAAGAUGUUGUAGGAGAAUUGACCAAAGCGAUGGAAAGGGUUGGCCUUGACAUGCGUGUGGCUGCUUUGGUCAAUGAUACAAUUGGUACAUUGGCUGGUGGUAGAUACAAUAACCCAGAUGUUGUAGCUGCUGUGAUAUUGGGUACAGGCACAAAUGCAGCUUAUGUAGAGCGUGCCCAUGCAAUUCCCAAAUGGCACGGUCUUUUACCUAAAUCAGGGGAUAUGGUUAUCAACAUGGAGUGGGGUAACUUUCGGUCUUCACACCUUCCACUAACAGAAUAUGACCAAGCACUGGAUGUUGAGAGUCUAAACCCUGGAGAGCAGAUUUUUGAAAAAAUUAUUUCUGGUAUGUAUUUGGGAGAGAUUGUACGUAGAGUUUUGUGCAAGAUGGCUGAAGAAGCUGCAUUUUUUGGUGAUACUGUUCCACCAAAGUUGAAAAUUCCUUUCAUACUCAGAACUCCUCACAUGUCUGCAAUGCAUCAUGACACAUCUCCGGAUCUGAAAGUGGUUGGGACCAAAUUAAAGGAUAUCUUAGAGAUAUUCAAUACCUCCCUGAAAAUGAGAAAAGUUAUUGUUGAGCUAUGCGAUAUUGUUGCUACUCGUGGUGCCCGCCUAUCUGCUGCAGGAAUCGUAGGCAUCCUCAAGAAAUUAGGAAGAGACACAGUGAAAGAUGGUGAAAAGCAGAAGUCGGUGGUAGCUCUAGAUGGUGGGUUGUAUGAGCACUACACUAAAUUCAGGACCUGCAUGGAGAACACCCUCGAGGAGUUGUUAGGAAAAGAAGUCUCCAAGAACAUAGUCAUUGAGCACUCCAAUGAUGGCUCUGGCAUUGGGGCAGCCCUCCUGGCAGCCUCUCACUCCCAGUACCUUGAGUUUGAGGAGUCCUGAAGAUGGUUGAAGUAUAGGGAGAUUAAAGAAUCAUAACUGUUGGGAUUUUUUGUAUAUUAUCAGCUUUUGUGUUCUUAUUGCAACCCAUUCAGAACUAAGAGCUCUUUGCAUCUCCUGAUCCAAGAGUUCAUGCCAGCAAAUCCUUAAGUUAUGGUCAUUCGGAGCGUAUAAUUGAGCAAUGGAUCAAAUGUAAUGAGUGCCCGAUAGUAGCCAGAAGUUUCAUUGCUGCAACUUGUCACUCAGCUCCAUUCACAGUGUCGGAGGAUUAUACUGGUACACCCAUGUAUAAGUUCUCAUCUCCUGAAUUAUAAGGUAAUAAGAUAGGGGUAUGUAAACUCCUCUUUCGAGUUUUUGAUCUCUUCUCAUUUAGAAUAAAAAAGUAAUCUUACAGGUCAUAU